GUCACAUGAUACCUUCAAGGAUGUUGCUGAAGUGGAUGCACAUGUUGCUGUUAGCAGGUCUAGCAGUCUUGUGUUCAAGUCUUGAUAAUGGCUUGGCCAGGACACCACCCAUGGGCUGGCUCACUUGGACUAGGUUCAGCUGUAAUACUGAGUGUUCCCUUGACCCAGAUUUCUGUAUAAGUGAGAAACUGAUUAUGCAGAUGGCUGACCGUAUGGCAGAAGAUGGCUACAAGGAUGCUGGUUAUGAGUAUGUCUGUCUAGACGAUUGUUGGCUUGCCACAGAGAGGGAUAUAUUCCACAGGCUUCAGCCAGAUCGUAAACGCUUCCCUCAUGGCAUGAAAUAUUUGGCUGACUAUGUACAUUCUAAAGGAUUGAAGUUGGGCAUAUAUGAAGAUUUUGGAACCAAAACAUGUGCAGGGUUUCCAGGAAGUGAAUUUUACAUGGAGCUGGAUGCGCAGACGUUUGCUGAGUGGGGCAUUGACCUGCUCAAGUUUGAUACCUGUCAUUCUGAUCCACGAGAUAAUAAAUACGGGUAUCCAGCAAUGUCUUUGUACCUGAAUAAAACAGCCCGCCCAAUACUGUUCUCCUGCGAAUGGCCCUAUGGAGAAAUACAACUAAAUGCUUCGCUGCAGACAGAUUAUGGUACCAUUCGACAGAACUGUAACGUAUGGAGAAACUUCUGGGAUGUUACUGACAACUUCAACAGUAUAAAGAAUAUCGUAAACUUUUAUGGGAAAAAUAAUGUACUGUUCCAGAAAUACUCAGCUCCAGGAGGAUUCUUUGAUCCAGAUCAGUUACUUGUAGGCGGGUUUGGAAUGAGUCAUUACCAACAGCGAGCCCAGAUGGCCAUGUGGGCCAUGUUUUCUGCCCCACUAAUAAUGUCCAAUGAUCUGAGAGACAUACCAGAUGAAGCAAAGCAGUUGUUACUGAACAAGUACAUACUAAGUGUUGAUCAGGACCCUCUGGGUGCUAUGGCAACUAAAGUCUGGGAAUUCAGUGGACUUCAGUUGUGGGUAAAACCAAUAGUGCCUCAAGGCAGUCUAGCGAUAGUUUUCUUCAACACAAACAAUUUUGGAAGUGGAACUCCAAUUGUAUCAGCAGCCAGUGAUAUAGGAAUGACAGAUCCUAAAGGCUAUCAAGUUACUGAAGUCUUUAAAGGAACAGAUAUGGGAACUUUUAUGCCGGAUACAAAACUGAAUAUACGUGUGUUUCCAGAUGAUGCGUAUAUGAUGAUUUGCAAGAUUUUGUCUUAAUCCUUUCCCUGAUAAAUUUCUAUAACGACUUGUCCAUCUUUCAGUUUGGACAGUGCCAUUAACUGUAAAAACGGAUGCUUAAUAAAAAGAUACUGACUGAAUGGCGAACAGUGCAGAUCUUGAUCAGUCUGCACAAAUGUGUAGGCUGAUCAUCAUCUACACUGUUCGCAAGACAGAAUCAGUGGUGUCCAACAUGAUAAGGGUUAAGAUAAUUUCUCCUAUUUGUUGGUGGAUUACAUUCUCCUGUUGAUUUAUAUCAAGUGCUGUUAGUGAUCUCCUUUCACUUGUAACGCUUCAUGUUUGAGCCACGCCAUGAGAAAACCAACAUAGUGCAUUUGAGACCAGCAUGGAUCCAGACUAGCCUGCUCAUCCAUGCAGUCUGGUCAGGAUCCAUGCUGUUCACUUUCAAAGCCUAUUGCAAUUAGAGAAACAGUUAGCGAACAGCAUGGAUCCUGACCAGACUGCGCGGAUGCACAGACUGGUCAGGAUCCAUGCUGGACGCAAAUGCACUAUGUUGGUUUUCUCAUGGCACGGCUCAAUUAUUUGUUUGCUGCCUCAAACCUGUUCAUUUGAAGAAAAGAUUUAUUUCCACAUCUUGUUUUGAAAAGAACAGGUAAGAUUCUUCAAAUGCAUAGUAAAUGUUACUUUAUGUAUAAAUGCUAUGUUUCUGUGAUAACUCAACAAGAAACCAAUACAGUUGUCUGAAGUAAUGCUGCUUUCAUGUUUCUCCAUUAUUACAGUUGGAAAACCAUUAUAACUGUGACAUUGGUUUUGAUGUGACAAAGCAAACAUCAAGGUAUGUCUGACAAUCAGAUAUGCUGUAAGGAUAUGCAAAGUGGGCAACAGUUGUAUUAACUUAUUCUGAAACAUACAGAUUUUAUUAUUCUUUAGUGUUAAACUAAUGCCACCUUUAUACAAAACAAACUGGUUGUUGUUAAAAAAUGAUCUCAAUGUUUUUUGAAUAUCUUUGUUUGAUUUUUAGCUCGACUAUUCUAAGAAUAUGGAGAGCUGUACAACUCACCAAGGCGUCAGCAUUGGUUAAUUUUUUUUUUUUUUUUUUUUUUUUUUUUUUUUUUUUCCAAUUUUUAUUUCACUUCAGUACAUUGACAUUACGGUAAUACAUACAUGAUCAUUAUAUGGAUAUAUUACUUAUGAACAUUAUAUUUUAACAUUACAUAUUUAUCCAUGUAAUUUAACAUAGUAAGAGGAAAAAGUAUACAUCUAGUACAUAAUAUCAAUCCCAGAAUGGUUAAAGUUUUUUAUAAUGUCAGAUAUCUUAAAUACUUGGAAUACUUGCAUAUAGUGACAGUGUGUACAUGUAUGACAAGGGACAUUACUAUUUUCAGAUUUAUGCCCCUUUUUAACUUAAAAAAUUUUGGUUAAAGUUUUUGAUAAAGUCAAAUAUCUUGAUCACUAUCAAAGAUAUUCAGCUGAAACUUGGAAUACUUGCAUAUAGUGACAGUGUGUACAUGUAUGACAAGGGACAUUACUAUUUUCAGAUUUAUGCCCCUUUUUAACUUAAAAAAUUUUGGUUAAAGUUUUUGAUAAAGUCAAAUAUCUUGAUCACUAUCAAAGAUAUUCAGCUGAAACUUGGAAUACUUGCAUAUAGUGACAGUGUGUACAUGUAUGACAAAGGACAUUACUAUUUUCAGAUUUAUGUCCCUUUUUAACUUAACAAAUUUUGGUUAAAGUUUUUUAUAAAGUCAAAUAUCUUAAUCACUAUCAAAGAUAUUCAGCUGAAACUUGGAAUACUGGCAUAUAGUGACAGUGUGUACAUGUAUGACAAAGGACAUUACUCUGUCAGUAAUAUUUUCAGAUUUAUGCCCCUUUUUAACUUAAAAAAUUUUGGUUAAAGUUUUUGAUAAAGUCAAAUAUCUUGAUCACUAUCAAAGAUAUUCAGCUGAGACUUGGAAUACUUCCAUACAGUGACAGUGUGCACAUGUAAGACAAGAGACAUUACUAUGUCAGCAAUAUUUAAAGAGCUGUGCUCCUUUUUAACUUAAAAAAUUGUUUUCAAUUAUUCAUAAUGAUAACUAUCUCUGCAAUGCAUUGAUACUCUGGAUUCAAACUUCACACAUGGCCAGUAAAUAUAGUCACAGGUGCAGGUCCUAAAAGUCUAACUUGUAUUUUUAACAAAAUUAGGUGCCUUUUUAUACUCAGAAAAGUCAUGUGUUAAUACAGAAUACAAUUUUCUGCCUUUGUAAGUACUUGGGGGCUAUUUUAUUGAAACUUCACACAUGUCUUAAUUAGGGUCAUUGCAUAUGGUCACUGGGCCAAGUCCAAUAACUCUGAAUUGUUUUUUAACAGAAUUAUACCCUUUGGUCUACUUAGUUCAUAUGGAGGUUUUGCAUGCAACUUAAAAUCUUUCUAAGUACUAGAACUACUGGAUUGAGAAUACAAAGCUAUGGUAGGGGUCAGUGUAUAAGGUCGCAUAUCUUGGACUUGUAUUUUAAUAGAUCUAUGCCCAUUUUGUACUUAAUGUGUAAAUACUGCAUACAUAUUUCUGCCAUUGUAAGUACUUGUAAAUAACAGCAGGUUUUAUAAUUUUGACCCUUACUGUGACACAGUUAUAACAGUACUAUUAUAAAAUCCAUUUUAUUGACAAGCCUUUGAAUAGUCGAGCACGCUGUCAUCAGACAGUUCUUGUUAAUAAGCUUGUUAUAGGUCAAAGAAAAAGCAAUCAUUGUAAAUCUUCACUUAUAUACAUUAUAGUUAUAUCUUGUUACUGUGAUAAGUUUUACAUUCCAUGCGAUUUUUUGCUCAAAAUAUUCACGCUUAUUCCCAGGAAUUUUAGCCUGUAUAUCUGUUAACUGUUUCUUAUAGAUGUAUUCUUUAGAUUAUUUGACAUCUUUAUCCUAGAUUUUUAAUAUAUGAGCCGUGCCAUGAGAAAACCAUCAAAGUGGCUUUGCGACCAGCAAGGAUCCAGACCAGCCUGGGCAUCCGCGCAGUCUGGUCAGGACCCAUGCUGUUCGCUUCAAAGCCUAGCUAUUACAAUUAGAGAAACCGUUAGUGAACAGCAUGGAUCCUGACCAGACUGCACGGAUUCGCAGGUUGGUCUGGAUCCAUGCUGGUCCGAAAGCCACUAUGUUGGUUUUCUCAUGGCACGGCUCAAUUAUUAUCUUUCAUAGAAGAAUCUUUCUGUAUUGAAUUUCUUGAAUUAUUUUCAGCUUAAAACCGGAUAUCACUGAGUUUGAGAUUUAUUAUGGUAUAGUAUUUCAAUUAAUUGAUAUAAUAUAUGCAAUGUUCAUCAUUUAAAGAGAAUUGGAUGCGUGUUAGGAUUAAUCUGUUCCAAUUGGAUCGUCAUUUUUUUCAUAUCAGUGUAACAUAAAAUAGGUUUUGUUUGUAGUACAUAUACAUGAUUUUUAAAGACAGCAUUAGACUUUUUAAACUGUGAUAUUUUUAUACAGUACAUUUAAUUUACAUCUUUAUAUUUUUAUGACCCAACCCCACCUCACACUGCGCAACAGGGCAACAGACUGUCUGUCUGUCUGUCCCUCCCCUUUUUGUCCGAUUGUUUACUGAAGAACACUUUGUCACAGGAACCUCAAACUAGGUAGGCUUGCAGGUUGUCGUUGGCAGAUUCCCCCUAUUGGUUUUAAGACUGGUAGGUUAAAAGUCAAGGUCGUGAUGACCUUGAGUUGAAAAUUGGUUUCCUACCGGUAACUGAUGGUCUACAGUUGUCAAACUUCACAGUAUGAAUGCCUGUGGUCAGUAGAUUACCCAUAUCGUUUUAAGGUGAAGUAGGUCAGAGAGCAAGGUCGUGUUGACAUUCAGCUAAAGAUCGGUUUCCCAUCAAUAAUAGAAGAAAACAUUGAUGAUCUACAGUACUCAAACCUCAUAAAAUGGCUGCUUGUGGUUUUGAAGAUGACCCCAAUGUUUCUGGGGUCAAAGAUUGAGGUCACUAUGACUGAGCAGAAAGUGGGUUUCUAACUGAUUAGUGAAGAACAUUUGACCUACUUCGUAAAACGAUUGCCUGUGGUCUGUAGAUGACCCUUUUACUGUCUUUGGAUUCAGAUCAUCAAGCUUCAUAAAUUGAUUGUCUGUUGUCAGUAGAUGACCCCUUUCAUUAUAGGGUUCAGUAGAUCUACUAGGUCAAAGGUCAAGGUCAUGAUGACCUUAAGUUAAAAACGAUUUCCAGUAAAAAAUCCUCCUAUUUUUGGAGUAUAUCUCGGUGGACAGUAUUCUCAUGAUGUUAACAGUAUUUACUGGCCUGUGAAAAGAAGCUGUGACUUUCAUGUGUUGUGCUAUAAGGCACAUUGCACGCCAUCAACAAAAACUUUCGUUCUUCAGCCUAAAUGCAUUACGAAAAGCUUAUACAUGUGUUUAUAUGUAAAUCAAAGUAAUCAUAUAUAUGUUUUAUGGAUCAGUGACAUUAAUAUUAAAUGUGAUAUACAUUUUUGUGUUAUGAUGAUGUCUAAAUUUUAAUGUGUCUGUUGACAUGAUAAAUAUUAAUGGCCCGAGAGCGCACGGACUUCUAUUACAACAACUGAGGCCAAAAGAAGUUUAUACUUUUUUGGGAAGAAUGUUUAAAAUUUAUUUAUAUUCUUAAAAAUAGUUUGUUAUCAUAAGUCAUUUGAUCUGUAUUUAUGUUAAAUUCCUUUUUGAUGAAUUUCUUAUUGAUGACAUUGUUUUACAGAUACAUUUACUGACAAUCAGAUAGAUACUGUAAUCAAACUGUGAAAUAACCCGUAGAUGUAAACUUUACCCUACCUCCUAAUAUUUUUAGCUCAGCAGAGCAUAAAGUGCUCAAGGUGAGCUAUUUCACCAGUCAUUGUCCGGCGUCGUGUGGUGCGCGUCGUCCGUCAUCUGUCAACAUUUGUCUUCUUCACACACUUGAGGCCACAUUUGUGACCCUUUCUUUAAGAAACUUGGUUAGAAUGUUUGUCUUGAUGAUCUCUAGGUCCAGUUUUAAACUGGGUCAUGCGGGAUCAAAAACUAGGUCACUAGGUCAGAUCAAAGGAAAAUCUUGUUAACACUCUGAUUUCACAGUUUAAGUUUGAAACUCAAAGAGAGAAUUGGUCAGAAUGUUUGGCUUAACGACAUCUAGGUAGGUCAAGUUCGAAUCUGGGUCAUGUUGGGUCAAAAACUAGGUCACCCGGUCAGAUCAAAGGAAAAACUUGUUAACACUCCAGAGGCCACAUUUGUGACCCUUUCUUUAAGAAACUUGGUCAGAAUGUUUGUCUUGAUGAUCUCUAGGUCCAGUUUUAAACUGGGUCAUGCGGGAUCAAAAACUAGGUCACUAGGUCAGAUCAAAGGAAAAUCUUGUUAACACUCUGAUUUCACAGUUUAAGUUUGAAACUCAAAGAGAGAAUUGGUCAGAAUGUUUGGCUUAACGACAUCUAGGUAGGUCAAGUUCGAAUCUGGGUCAUGUUGGGUCAAAAACUAGGUCACCCGGUCAGAUCAAAGGAAAAACUUGUUAACACUCCAGAGGCCACAUUUGUGACCCUUUCUUUAAGAAACUUGGUCAGAAUGUUUGUCUUGAUGAUCUCUAGGUCCAGUUUUAAACUGGGUCAUGCGGGAUCAAAAACUAGGUCACUAGGUCAGAUCAAAGGAAAAUCUUGUUAACACUCUGAUUUCACAGUUUAAGUUUGAAACUCAAAGAGAGAAUUGGUCAGAAUGUUUGGCUUAACGACAUCUAGGUAGGUCAAGUUCGAAUCUGGGUCAUGUUGGGUCAAAAACUAGGUCACCCGGUCAGAUCAAAGGAAAAACUUGUUAACACUCCAGAGGCCACAUUUAUGACCCUAUCUUCAUGAAACUUGGUCAGAAUAUUUGUCUUGAUGAUCUCUAGGUCCAGUUUUAAACUAGGUCAUGUGGAGUCAUAAACUUGGCCACUAGGCCAGAUUAAAGGAAAAUCUUGUUACCUCUCAAGAAACAUUUUAAGUUUGAAACUCGAGAAUUGGUCAGAAUGUUUGCCUUGAUGACCUCUAGGUCAGGUUUGAAUGGUCAUAUGGGUCAAAAACUAGGUCAUUCAAUCAAAUCAAAGGAAAAGCUUGUUAACACUAGAGGCCACAUUUAUGACCCUAUCUUCAUGAAACUUAGUCAGAAUGUUUAGCUUAAUGAUCUCUAGGCCAAGCUCAAAACUUGGUCAUGUGGGAUCAAAAACUAAGUCACUAGGCCAGUUCAAAAGGAAAAGCUUGUUAACACUCUAGAGGCUACAUUUAUGGCACUAUCUUCAUGAGACUUGGUCAGAAUGUUUGCCUUGAUGACCUUUAGGUCAAGUUCGAAUCUGGGUCAUGUUGGGUCAAAAACUAGGUCACCUGAUCAAAUCAAAGGAAAAGCUUGUUAACACAUUUUUGACCCUAUCUUCAUGAAACUUGGUCAGAAUGUUUAUCUUGAUCCCUAGGUUAAGUUCGAAUCUGUGCUCAAAUCACAUGAAAAGCUUGUUUACACUCUUGAGGCCAGAUUUAUGAUCCUAUCUUCAUGAAACUUGGUCAGAAUGUUUGUCUUGAUGAUCUCUGGGUCAAGUUUGAAACUGGGUUAUAUGGGGUCAAAAACAAGGUCAGUAGGCCAAAUCAACUCGUGAGCGAUUUAGGGCCAUCAUGGCCCUCUUGUUACAAGCUAGUUUUACUUCUCCUAUCACAAACAUAUGAGAACAAAAUAUAGAUACGCACAGCCUUGUCACUUAUGAAAUGGGUUUUCAUGAAGGAUAUGAAAUAUUCUUUCCAAAAAAAAGUAUAAACUUCUUUUGGCCUCAGUUGUUGCAAUAAAAGUCCGUGGGCUCUUGGACCAUAAAGACUAUGCCUUUAUCACAUUUACAAUUAUCUGAAUAUAAAUUCAAAUUUAUACAUUUUUCUUUAUUGAAAAAUAUGCAUGAAACCUUUGAGCGACUGAAAGUUUAAGGUUUUGAAUAAAGGCAAAAUACCUGGUAAA